AUGAAUCCGACAGCUCCACAUCCCCCUAGGCCCUUGAAUGAUUAUGACAGCGGAAGCGACUAUUCAGAUGCGGAGUCGAUCCGAUCCGAUGACGAGGAGGACCUCGAAGAUUACAAAAAGGGCGGCUACCAUCCAGUGUCGAUUGGCGAUCGGUUUAGCAAUGAUCGGUACAUUGUGGUGCGUAAGCUCGGCUGGGGACAUUUCUCAACAGUGUGGUUAGCUUAUGAUACAGUUGCCGAGCGACAUGUUGCACUCAAGAUUGUCAAGUCAGCUGAGCAUUUUACAGAGAGUGCAUUGGAAGAGAUCAAGUUAUUGGAAGCUGUCAAGGUGUCGAAUCCGAAUGCAGUUGGAUGGCAACAUGUCGCACAGCUGUUGGAUCAUUUCUGGCACACGGGCCCAAAUGGGAAACAUGUUUGCAUGACAUUUGAAGUUCUUGGUGAAAGCUUGCUCUCCCUCAUCAAACGCUAUCGAUACAAGGGCAUCCCACCAUCCAUUGUCAAACGUAUCACCAAGCAAGUUCUUCUUGGCCUCGAUUAUUUACAUCGUGAAUGCAACAUCGUCCACACAGACAUCAAACCUGAGAAUGUAUUGGUUUGGAUACCGGAUGUUGAGUCCUAUCUGAAAAAGGAAACAGCAGAGAUUCUUUCACAGCACAUCAACAAACAACCAUCCAACACAACAACAACAUCAUCAGCACAUCAGGAACCAUUACUCAAAGGCAUCGACACCACCGGCAUGAGCAAAUCUCGCAAGAAAAGGUUAAAGAAAAAGAUCAAGCAAAAGGCUGCAAAGGAGGCUCAAACAGCACAAAAUGAAGGGAAUGGUGUCACCUUAGAAAGCAAAAUGGGUUCAAUGGCGAUUCAUCAUGAUAACGACAACAACAACAACAACAAUGAUACACCUAUCAUCCGAUCAGCAGUACUGGAUUUUGCAGCCAUCAUCCCCGAUAAUGGUGACCCAAGUCGAGUAUUUGAGGAUAUCGUCGUCAAGAUUGCAGACCUCGGCAAUGCCUGUUGGUUGGAAAGCGACAAUACACACAUUAUUCAAACACGACAAUAUCGUAGUCCAGAAGUCAUUGUUGGUGCCAGGUGGAAUGAUCGGGCCGACAUGUGGAGUAUGGCGGUGUUGGUGUUUGAGCUUCUCACAGGCGAGUUUUUAUUUGAUCCUCGUGCAGGGCUUAAAUAUGAUAAGGAUGAUGAUCAUUUGGCGCAAAUUAUUGAGUUGAUGCUACGUGUACCUCGGAGUCUUACUAUGGAUGGGGAAUUCUCCCGAGAGUUCUUUAACCGCAAAGGGGAAUUACGAAGGAUCAAAAAGCUGCGCUAUCGACGAUUAAGAGAUGUAUUGCAUGAUCAAUUCCAAAUGCCACCUGCCGAAGCUGAUGGAUUAAAUGAAUUCUUGUCACCCAUGCUGGAAGUGGAUGUGGCAAAACGGGCGUGCGCUCAGGACAUACUUCAGGCAAAAUGGUUAGCUGAACAAUAA